UUCAUCUCAGCUUCAGCUGGAGAGCAAACCGACAUCAGCUGAGUUUGCAUGAAGUGCCAUCCUUGUAGCUAAAAUACAGGAAUUUAUCAUCACGUUAAAUUCAACAAUAGCAUUUUAUAAAGUUACGUGUAACUGUUGUAAGCCAAUGAAAUAACUGUCAUCUGUCGUAGCCACAGAAACAGUGCAGAGGCAAAGGAGAAAUAACAUUACAUCAAACCCGGCAAACAAAGAGGUCCUUUUUUCAACGACAACAUUUUUCCUCCAUAUUCUAUAGUUAUGAGUCAUGUGGCCGUCGAAAAUGCCCACGGUCUAGAGCAGCAGCUCGCUGUCCUAGACUUGAGUGCAGCAGACGGACAAGGUGGAGGCAAUAGCAGGCGAUACAUUCCUCCACAUUUACGGAACAAAGACGCUUCCAAAAAUGCAGGAAAUGCCUUUGCUGCUGGUCGACAAGGUGUCUACACCAUGGCGCCUCCAGCCAACUAUGGUUGGGAUGGGGGGCGCAACAACUUUGUUAAUGGCUACCAUGACAACCGGAUGACUGGCAACACAUUUAACCGGGGCCCGCCGCGCAUGGAGAGGGGCCGAGGUGGCGUCGGAGGUGGUGGUUACCGUGGCAACAGGGGAGGAUCCUUCAACCCUAUCAACCCAGCACAGCCAAUGGGAUUCGGUGGCUAUGAAAAUAAAGAUGCAGGUGGCUGGAACACGGCCAAGGAAACCUAUAGCAGUUUUGGCAACAACCGAGGGAAGUCUGCAUUCUUCAAUGACAGAGGCAAUGCUAAUAGAGGGAGGUUCGAGCAUGGUGGAUUUGGCGGUGGUGGAGGAGGAGGAAACAGCCGCUGGGUGGAGGAGUCCAGAGAUGACGGAGAUUGGUCCAAACCAACGCCACGUAACGAACGCCUUGAACAUGAGUUGUUCUCUGGCAGUAACACUGGGAUUAACUUUGAGAAAUAUGAUGACAUUCCAGUUGAGGCCACAGGACAAAACUGCCCUCACCACAUUGAGAGUUUUCAAGAUGUGGACAUGGGUGAGAUUGUCAUGGGUAACAUAGCUCUGAGUCGCUAUACCAGACCAACCCCUGUCCAGAAAUAUGCCAUUCCUAUUGUCAAGUCAAAGAGAGACCUCAUGGCCUGUGCACAGACAGGUUCUGGGAAGACUGCAGCAUUCCUACUGCCGAUUCUCAGCCAAAUCUACACUGAUGGACCAGGAGAGGCUCUUAAUGCAGCGAAAGCCUCUGGACAGGAGAAUGGGAAGUAUGGGCGUCGUAAGCAGUACCCCAUCUCUCUGGUACUGGCUCCAACCAGAGAACUGGCAUUGCAAAUAUAUGAUGAAGCCAGGAAGUUUUCCUAUCGGUCCAGAGUGCGUCCCUGUGUUGUGUACGGAGGAGCAGAUAUUGGCCAGCAGAUCAGAGAUCUGGAGAGAGGCUGCCACCUGCUGGUGGCCACACCAGGAAGACUGGUGGACAUGAUGGAGAGGGGCAAGAUCGGACUGGACUACUGCAACUACCUGGUCCUGGAUGAGGCAGAUCGUAUGUUGGACAUGGGCUUUGAGCCGCAGAUAAGACGCAUCGUUGAACAAGACACCAUGCCGCAUAAAGGCAUCCGACAAACCAUGAUGUUCAGUGCUACCUUUCCUAAAGAGAUCCAGAUCCUGGCCAGGGAUUUCCUGGAGGAGUACAUCUUCCUGGCAGUGGGCAGAGUGGGUUCCACCUCAGAGAACAUCACUCAGAAAGUGGUGUGGGUGGAAGAGAGCGAUAAGAGGUCUUUCCUCUUGGACCUGCUCAGCGCCACAGGUAAGGACUCGUUGACUCUGGUUUUUGUGGAGACCAAGAAAGGCGCAGACGCCUUGGAGGACUUCCUGUAUCGGGAGGGCUACGCCUGCACCAGCAUCCAUGGCGACCGCUCCCAGAGAGACCGAGAGGAGGCCCUGAACCAGUUCAGAUCAGGAAAAUGCCCCAUUCUGGUGGCCACAGCGGUAGCUGCUCGGGGUCUGGACAUCUCCAAUGUGAAACAUGUUAUUAACUUUGACCUGCCCAGUGACAUAGAGGAGUAUGUCCACCGUAUUGGACGUACAGGACGAGUUGGAAACCUGGGACUGGCCACAUCGUUUUUCAAUGAUAAGAACGGGAACAUCACUAAAGACCUGUUGGACAUCCUAGUAGAGGCCAAACAGGAAGUUCCCUCAUGGCUUGAGAGCCUGGCCUAUGAACACCAGCAUAAGAGCAGCAACAGAGGACGCUCUAAGAGGUUCUCUGGAGGUUUUGGAGCACGUGAUUAUCGCCAGACAGCUGCCGGAGCCAACACUGGAGGGUUUGGAGGACGUGGAGGUCGCAGCCAGGCAGGACAUGGAGCGACCCGUGGCUUUGGAGGAGGUGGUUUUGGUAACUUCUACACCAGUGACGGCUACGGAGGCAACUACUCACACUCUCAAGUUGACUGGUGGGGCAACUAGGUUCCUCCUUCCUCCAUACCCCCUUCACUCAUCCCUCUUCACUCAUCCCUCUUCCUUCUUCUCACUCAUCCUCCUUCCUUUCCCCACACUGUUGUCUGCACUCCAUCUGUCUCCACCCCUCCAUUAACCCCAAGAACCCACAUGCAUGUUAUUGAACUAUUUAUACUUGUUUAUAUAUUCCUCCCUCCAUCCCUAUGUGCUAAGAUCUUUUAAUUCCUCUUUAGAUUUUUCUUCUCCUUUUCAUCUCUACCUUUGUCUUUAAAGUUCCCCAUCCUUUCCUUUUUUGAUUUCUUAAUUGCUGAUAAUGUCACCUCUUAAAAUAGGCCACAGUUUAAAAGGAUUAUUUAAUUUUGGUUGGUUAUUUUUUUUAACACUAGCCACAGAUUUCCUGCCAGCUAGCAACAUCCUUUGGUUUCAGUGAAGACUUUUUAAACUGUUUGCCCGCUGUGAGAUGCGUGAAGAAAAAUUACCAAUUAAAUUAAUGUUCUAGGUGUUCUUUUAAUCCUCUAAGACACAUGCACACGUAAGAUUUACAGUGUGUGGACUUCUCCAAAACAGCUGUAGAAGACCAGGGGCAUAUCAAUUUUUUUCACUUUAGUUUUGACUUUUGGCCUCAUUGUGUUUUUGUCUUUAUUCACCCAAAGCCAGCCAGGCUUCCCUUGUACCUUCACAUGUCAUCUUUGUAUGUAAUGCAUGGCCAUGUUGUAAAUCACCGGCCGAAAAUUUUUCUAAAAUAUAGCGCAGAGAUAGGCAAGAUGUCAGAUCUCAGCAAAAUAUGUGUGCAUAUAAAUUCAAAUAUGGGAACUGGAUGAGGUCUCCUUCACUUACAUGACAGAUUCAUAAAAGGGGCCACAGAAACAGCAAAAUGUUUUGUUUUUGUUUUUUUUAAAAACUUUUUAAAACAUAUUGAAGUGUUGAUUUACCGAGUUCUGAGAAGGAUGUAUGACAGAGACCGUAGAAACAAGGGGCCGGGACGCUGGCAGACGUUGCCCAUUAGCAAUGUUGCCAGCAAACAGAAUCUUAGGACUUGUGGUUGUUAAUAUCACAACUACAAACAGCAUUUCUUUGUUGAAACAAAACAUAAUGGAGGAUCAUUUGUUUCUGUACUGUGCCUUUCAGAAUUUGAACUUUGUCUCUUAUUUCCAUUGUUUUUAUUUUCAUAAUACGUAACUGGCUAAGUAUUGGCCAACUGUGACUAAAAAAUGUGUAUUUUAUGUCAUGUAUGGGUUCAAACAUUUUUUUUCUUUAUUUCUAUUUGGAAGGAAACAAACUAGGCUUGAACUAAAUCAAACCUUGGCAAAAAAAAAAAAA